GCGUUGCAUCGGGAAUGAAUCUAAGGAGAGCUUCCCAAGGAAUUACGCGUCAAAACCGGAAAAGCGCUUCACGUUUGAAAUCGCAGGCUACCCGGUGCUAAUUAUUGUAAGGUGAUUUCAAUUUAGUAACUUACAGAACAAAAACAUUUGUUUAUGUGCAGUCAUGGAGCGCACCGCAUUAGUCCUGCCGCGCGUACAGCCCGCACCGCGAUCAGCGCGUAAAAGCGAGUGGCUCCGGAGCGCCCUGGCCCAUCACCACUGUCCCGAUCCCGGCGUGGAGAACGAAAUCGUUGUCUUGGCCACUGGAAUAGACCAGUACCUGCAGGAGGUCUUCCACCACCUCGCUUACUCCAACAGAGGCGGUACUGUAUCGGCGGAGGAUUUCACCACGCUCUGUGCCGUGCUGGGGCUCACCGGAGUGGGGAAGAGGACGAUGAAAGGAUAUGAAGGUGCUGUAGAUGGAGAAGAAAAUAUAGAAGAUGAAGAGUUUAGAGAUGUGUGCUCUGGGCUGCCCUGUCAGCUGUCUUUUAAAGACUUUCACUCGCGGCUCUGUGGGUAUUUCCGUGUACGCAGUGCGCGGAGAGGCACCGGGGAGUGUGUCUGGCGCUUGCCCGUUACUGAAGACACGGAGCUGGUAGAGAGACAGAUCAGGCUCAGGUGGCCGCGAACCAGACGGAGAAAGUGUGUCACUUUUGAUCUGACGAGAGACCAGAGUGGACCUGGAAAUAGGUCUUUUCGAACCACAGACAAACGAGAGACAGAUGAGGUAUUGGCUCUGAGGGAGCUGGUGGAGGACCUCCGCUCAGCACUGCAGGGGAGUGAUGCUCGCUGCCUGGCACUGGAGGUGGCGCUCCGACGGGAGAGGAGCUGCACCCUCACUGCUCCAUCCAGGUUUAACACCUCAGUUUCAACUCAUGCAACUUCCAUCACCCUCAAAGAGGGAAAACUGGUACCAACACACAGAAUUAAAGGACAGUGUGGUGGUGCCAGAGAAGAUGGAGUGAGGAGGGUGGCAAACAGACUGGACAUCAGGGACCCCCUUCUGAGGGAGCUGAAGCUGAUCCGCUCCUCACGUGACGGGCAGCUGGAGGAGGCUAUGAAAUUCAAUGAGCACCUGGAGGAGGAGCUGCGAUGGGCGUACCAGGAGGUGCGCAAGCUGCAGGGGUUGGAGUUUGCACUGAGGAAGGAGAAUGCUCAGAUCAGGAGGCGGACGGAGGAGGCCAGGGAAGCCCUGAGCCUGGGACUACAGAGGGUUCACCAGAUCCAGGAACAGGCUCAGUCUGAGCCUCAGCUCCAGUCCAGGAUCAUCCAGCUGGAGACUGAGCUGCACCAGUACCGUUCCUGCUGUACCUGCAUCUCUGACGCCGCCCAUCAACAGAUUUAUUCAGCUGGAGCAGAAGACACCUGUAGCAAAAUAGAUGCAGAGUACCUGCAGAGAGCAGUGGAAGGAAGGGCUGCUUCUGAUGAAGAGGAGGAGGACAGGGGGGCGAGGGAGGAAGGACAGUGCUGUCUGUUAGAUGUGAAGAAGCAUAACAGCCAACUGCACGUUUGUGGCAAAGGAUGUCACAACCAUGUAGUCCAUCGUCUUCUGUCUCAGAGUCACCUGCAGGAUAAUAACCUCAUCAGCACUUCUUGGGACAACAGGGGGUGCUGCAGCUGUAGAGGACUCAACCAAGAGCAGCCAGAGGGCAGCAGAGGCUUGGAAGCAGAAAAGAGGCCUGAGGAAGAGGAGGACAAGACGAGAAGGCAGGAGGAGAAGGAAAAGACACGUCUCUCUUUGCUGGAGGAGAAACUCACAGAUGCCCUCACACUGCUGCAGCAGCUGCGGAACAAGAAUAUGUCCCACAAUGCCCUGGGGAAGAUUGUAAUGGACACUUUGGAUGAGUACCACAAGAGUGGAGAUGGUCCAUCCCAGGUCCUGCAGGUAGCUGAUGCCCUCUGCCUCCAGUUGUCCUCCAGUGAUCUCCUUGGAGAUGGCAAGGAGGAUGGAGGAGGAGGAGCGAACAGAGAGAAACUCUUGGCUCCAUCUUCAGGGCAUCAAACCAGCAGUCUCAACUCUCUGCUGAUCUCCUGUUAAAUAAGCUAACACUAUGGCCCUUAUCCUUUCAGUUUGUGCUUUCCCUUGAAUUUAUCUUUGGCGUUUUUGCACCUGCUACAAUACAGUUAUGUACUCCAUGCUUUGAAAGUGGUUCACUGCAUUGAAAGAUUAAUUAUAUUGACUUUAUCAAAUCAAUUUGUGUUUCAUUUAGUAUUUAUUUAAAUUUAAUGAUUAAAUAUUUCAUCCAAACCAGUUGAUCUCUGUUGAGUUGAUACAGAGAGAUCUGACAAUAUGAUUAGAGGUCAGAGUUGGAUUUCACAGUCUGGGGUUUCUGCUACAUAGUGGCUUUCUCAGCGGAAUAUACUGUCUUUUGAUAAAACCCAACAGCAUCUCGUGUUUACAAGGCCAUGUACUGCUGUAUCAUGGGAAAUCCACAGGGAGGUAGUGAUUUAGUCAUUUCAAAACUGAUCUGCUGGACAUUAAAAUGUUAAAACACAUGGAGCUGCAAGUUUAAAAUGCAAACUGUUUAACAUAUUUAAUUUAUUGUACUUAUAACCUGAACCUAUUAAAAGAUAUUAAAGAGGA